CUUGGGUGCGCUGGGAGCGUCUGGUGGGAGGAGGCCAGGGCGGUCGUGCCCCUCCCACUCCGCUUUUUCUCGCGUGUCCUGGCCCCGGGACUGGCAGUGGGCGCCCGGUUACCAGCAAGUGCGCGCAGGGACAGAUCGGAGACGGAUCACAGCAAACCAAGGGCGAAGCAGCGACCUCCAGGACCGACUCGCCAGCGCCAUGCGCUCACUCACUGGCCUGAGGGCGCUCCUGCUUCUGUGCCUUUUGGCGGCGAUGCGCCCGGAUCCGGCAGAAGGCGAUCCCACAGAUGCAUCUUUUACAAGUCUACCCGUUCGAGAAGAAAUGAUGGCGAAGUACUCAAACCUUUCAUUGGAGAGCCAUAAUAUAUCCCUGACAGAAGGAUCUAGUGCAGCAGUAGAAAAAAACAUUGCUUUGGAAAGGCCUUCUGAUCUGACGCUCAUAUGCCAGUUCACAACAUCUGGAGAUUUGAACUCAAUGAAUGUGACUUGGAAAAAAGACGAUGAGCUUCUUGAGAAUAUUGAUGCUUUCAACACAACUAAAAAGGGAAACACCUUGUUCAGUCAGUACAGGUUCAUCGUUUCUAAUAGCAAACAAAUGGGGAAUUAUUCUUGUUUCUUUGGAGAAAAGGAGCUCAAAGGAACAUUUACUAUCAAAGUGCCCAGCGUUCAUGGAAAAAACAAGCCAUUGAUCACGUACGUGGGGGAUUCUACUGUCCUGAAGUGUGAAUGUCAAAACUGUCAUCCUUUAAGUUGGACUUGGUACACAAGUAAUGGAAGUGUCCAGGUUCCUAUUGAUGUUCACAAGAAUGAUAAGUAUGUUAUAAAUGGAUCCCAUGCUAAUGAAACACGACUCAGGGUAAAGCACCUCUUGGAGGAAGAUGGAGGCUCCUACUGGUGCCGGGCAGUCUUCCCCCUGGGUGAGAGUGAGUUGGAACACGUUGAGCUGGUUGUGCUGAGCUUCAUGGUGCCCCUCAAGCCGUUUCUCGCGAUAAUUGCGGAAGUUAUUCUCUUAGUGGCUAUCAUUCUGCUUUGUGAAGUGUACACCCAGAAAAAAAGAAGUGACCCAGAUAAUGGGAAAGAAUUUGAACAAAUCGAACAGUUGAAAUCGGAUGAUAGCAAUGGUAUAGAGAACAAUGCCCCCAGGCUCAGAAAAAAUGAAUCCAUCGAACAAUGAAUAAAAAAGAACAUUUCACCUUGAAGAUGUACAAAGAGUUUGUAUUUCAGCUUCCUUUCCAGAACAUGCGAUUUUAGAUUUUAAAAGACAAAAACUUCCUCAACACGCAUAGCAGUAGUUUUAUAAACAAUAUAGGCCAUCUCCUACCUAAAGAUGUAUUUUAAUUUUGUAAUUGCUUUUCAUUAAAGCAAGUUUCAAAUGUGUUCUGUGAGCUGUAACCUAGAUAAUUUUAUCCUGGUCUAGGAGAUCAGGGACGGAGAAUAGACACCAGCAAAAUCAGUCAAUAAUCCACAAAUAAAUAUCACUUCAAGACCUGUUUAUUUACCAAAGAAUUUAUGAAAGAGAGAGCUUUUGUCAGUUGUCUUAAAAGUGUUUCCCCAAUCAUGCAUAAUUACCUGUAGAAGUAUUUAUUAACAGUUUUUAUGUGAAGUGUAUCCUUCUGUGGUAUUGAAAGUGUUUUCCCUAGGAAAUAGAAACUGCUUUCAAUAAUGGUGGCUACUCUGCAGUCUCUUCACUGUGAUAUACCUUUGCUCCAUAAAUCAUGGUGUAAAAUAAGGGGGUGCAAAUUAUAUGCUUGCCCACAGUCAGUAUCAACACCGAGGCUUCUCUUCUCGUCUUUAUCACACUCAUUACCACUUUUUCUACUCAAAGCCAAAGUGCUUCUUGGUCUUAAGUAGGACAUUUUUUCUUCGUUCUUUGCCUUGAGGUUUGAACCUCAUGUCCUCCUGGUAUUGAUGUUUCAGAGUGCAGAUCUAUGUGGUCACAGCACGCGUCACGGCUACCUGCAUGCCUUUGUGUGUGGCUCAUCGUUUCUGGGUACCUUUAUUUGCUAUUUGGUUUCUGGUACCAUAGGUGUCUAAAUGUAUAGAAAUGCAUUAUUAUUGCUUUCCAAUACUGAUUUCUCUGACUAAUAACCAGGAGUAUUAGUGUAUUAUUUUUAAGUUGCUGCAAAUGCCUUAGACUCAACUUUAAAAGUGGAAGAAUUUCAUUACAGACAGGACUGAGAUAUUUUAUAAACUCAAUACAACCAGAUUAGUUCAACUUCAAAUGGACAUAGCCAGUUGUCAGUGGCUUCAAAUGAAAUACAAAAAGUAAUGCCUGGAUUGUAGAUUAGUAUCACUGGUGCUGCCAGGUUCGUGUGACACACUGCUUCCUGAGAACAGGAUUAAGGACAAUAAGAAAUAAAGAGGGACCAACUUGGGAUAUGGUAGGAAGAGAAAUCCAUGGUUCUUGAGGAUGGAGGGAUUAGAGGUUGUGUAAAAAGAAUCCACUGAUUAUCAAUGGAAACUAGAAGUACAUGCCUUGUGCACUAAGAAAAGUAUCAAAUUGUGUGGGGAAAAUUCUGUAACAUCUUGACUAAUGUUCACCAAUAUCACUAGCUAAAGCAAUACGUAUAAAAUAGUUAUGGCAGCUGCUUUCUAUUUUGCUGAUGCAACAAAAUUCAGUAUUUUUUUAAUACAUGUUAACUGCACAUGUAGAUUUUACUGAACUAGAAUUCACCUCUUGGUAGUAGAUGUCCUAUUUUUUCCCUCAGUCUCAUCUAACCACACAUUUGUUUUGCUUUAAUUCAUGCUUAAUUUGACAAGAUCAUCUUGAUGAGCUCAUGGCAACCAGUAUAAUUAGUGUAAACAUUUUGAAUUCAGAGAGCAAGUCCCACUCAAAACAGUGUAACUGAUUGGAUACAUACAAAACCCCAACAAGUAACUUUGCUUGCAGGAUUCAUCCAUUUGCUUUGCCACCACUAACUUUCUAUGUUGAAAUUGUUUUCCUUAAAAAAAAAAAACCUACCCAAAGGGAAAAUAAUCUGAAAUACUUAUAAAAUAUAAGUUAUCUCAGUAACUUCAGGUAGAAAAAGUUCUCAAAUAUUUUUGAUUUUUGGCAUUUCAGGGUCUCUCUGGAGUAGUUUUGGAAAAUGAUUCCAUCCCUAUUAGAUUAAAAUGAAACGAUUCUACUAACUAGCCUCUUGGAGGCGAUGAAUGGAUUGUCUAAUUACCAAUUGUAAAUUGACUGGGGAAAAAAAGGCGAAAUGAAACAGGAAAACUACCCUGACUUUAUAUAGUAAAUACCUGGGAGAUUCCAUUCAUCUUUCCAGUUGAUGGGUCUUCAACAUAAUAAUUAGUUGUAAUGAUGCCAUAGAAUUUCCAGAUAAUCUUAAUUUCAGUUUACAUUAAAAUAUGUUUCCUUUUUCAAUUUUUCUUUUUUUCCCUAGCUAACUAGUCCUUCAGGCUCAAAUCUAAAAUUGUUUAUGAUGUUUUCUAUAUUGGCUAGGAAUCUGUCCCUUUUCCUCAGCCUGUUAUUAAUCCUGCCAGAAGCAACUCCACCUCACCUUCACCAUCUGCAAGGUUACAGUGUAGGUUUCCCUACCUUGGCCUCAUUGUCCAUCUUCCCAUUUUUCACGGUGUUUCUCAGUCUUUCUAAUUAAACAGAAGAUCUCAUGUGUCGUGUCAGGUUUGGGGCCAAACCUUAUGCCAGCUCAUCCUUGCCCAUUUCUUAGUGUUGCACUUCACCUCGUUAGCAAACUCCCUCCAUUGUCUUGGAUUAGUCCUGAAUGUGUCUCUGAUGUUUCCCCCAUCCCAUUAAUUCAACGUUAGCCUUCAGUAUGUUCAGGUUUAGGAGAAACUCAUAUCGGUGAAGUAGGGACUGUCUCAUGUACUCACAACUCCGUGUUUCUUUGUGGUUGGUUUCCUUUCUGGAUUCUGACUUUCAGUUCUGUGCCCUGGAUUUAGUACAGGGAGAAUGUUAUAGGUGGUGUGAAAUGUGUAUACCUAUUUUUAGAAGACCAAUUUUAAUUGUGAGAAUUAGAAUUGCAAAGGAAAAUUUAGAAAAGCAGGUUAUAUAAAUUCUUCAACUGUUGUACAGUGUACAUCACACCUAUUCCGAUGGGUUUUACUUCCUGCACCCCUUAAAAAUUACAUGGUCAUUAUGCACAAAACCCUAAUUUUUACCCUUUAUUCAAUAAGGUAACACAUUGGCUCUAAGUAUGGAGGAUUUUAAUGAUUAUAUUUCCUUGUAUGUCACAGAACUGGCAUUUGUGGUCACUCCACUAACAUACCCAUUCCACUUUGCCAAGUUUUGUACGUCUUUGAACAUCUCAAUUUUAAUAUUAACAGCUGCGUGUUACAAAAAGGCUUAUUGUUAUAUUUUGAGCAUUGAAAGCAUACUUUUCAUCGAAUUGAUCAAAAGAAGGAAAAGAAAAAUAACCCUGUCAUUCCUACCUAUUUGUUUCUUUCUGGUCCUCAUCUUUGAGGAACUUAGUUUUUUUCCUGUCAGAUUGUUUGCCUUAUGGUAAACUUCCCCAUAUGAAAAAGGCCCUUUGUCAUUAAGCCAAUCUGGUUCAGCUCCAGAAAAGGUGAGCCCAGGUAUGAGCUCCGGUGUUCAUAGAACGGCGUGAUGACCUGCCGUAGUGUGCAAUGAGAUUUUUUUUUCUCUUUUUGCACUGAGAUAUUUAUAGAAUAGGUAAAAGUGAAAGACUUGAUUACUUUGGAAUUCUAAGUUACAACACUUAGGCACUUACUACUUUAAUGACAGCUUGCUACUCUUGAGCUUAUCCUAGUCUGUCACAGCGAGAAAGACACAUAAACUGUAUCCCUCUUUAUUUGCUCUGGAUCUGACAGUGACUUGAACGGGUUACCAGUCAAUUCCCCACAAAAGACUCAUCCUGUUUAUUUAAUGCUAGCAACUGACAUCUGUUGAACGUGGCACGCGUGCUAGGCACUCAUUUUAACACAUGCUGUGAAGUGUCCUGUUUAAUCCUCAAUCCAUCUCAUGUCAUAAAAACAGUCCUCUGUCUUUUAAUCAAUGCACAAACUCCAGGUCAGAGACCUUAAGGAAACCACGCAACGCACCCCCCCCCACACACACACAAUUUAUCCUCGUCUGACUUGACCUACUUUGUUCAACAUCUCUGAACGGCUGGUUGUAUACGUCCUAGAAAGCGAGGCCAUUGUCAGUUAUCCUCUGUUUGAUUUUUGCGACAGGGUUUCUCUACAUAGCUUUGGAGCCUGUCCUGGAGCUCUCUGUAGAUGAGGCUGACCUCUGCCUCCUGAGUGCUGGGAUUAAAGGUGUGCGCCACCACCUCCCGGCUCCUUGUUUUAUCUGUUUGUUUUAAAUUUCACUCUUAGGUGAUAAGUCAUAGCACAAGUUCCAUAAUCUUACUGUGGUUGGGACCCACACUUUGCCGUUCUUGUGUCCCUGUACUGGUGCAUCAACACAUACUUAUGACUUUUUUUCUGGUUGUAUUUGUCAGUAGAGAAGAAUGACCAUAAAAUGUAUCCUCCAGACACUGAAAAUGAAAAAAAGCUGCUAUGUAUAACUUCACCCAGACAUGCGGAAAGCAGGCCCUCUGGUUGCUCACGUUAGCGCCUGCAGAGGAAGAGGCUGCUCUGUGGGUGGUCUCACAGGCAGCAGCAAGCUGGAAUGAUUGACAGAAACUUUCAAGGAAAUAAGGCAGUUUUAGCUAAUGCAGGGAAAUCACCAUUUUCAGUCAGUGUCAGGUGAGUGCCACUGGGGAGACGUUGCCUAUAAAGCGUCAUUUACUCAGCUUUAAGUUUUACUUAAGUAUCUUAGUGUGACUGGUGUGCUCGCAUUCAGAAGUUGGAUGCAGGGGUUGUAAGAGAAGUUGUCGGGGAAGACCUUGCUUCUGCUGCUACGUGGAUGAGCAGGCCAGUUCCCUUGGAUUUGUGAACCUCCUACAUCACGUGGUAUACCAGCCAUGUUUGUGUGAAUCCAGUGAGUCCGGAAUGACGGAUUAUGCCUUUAUUAUCAAAUUUGCCUGUGAAAUAACUGAAAAUCACACAUGAAUAGAAUGGACAGAGUACUUUUAGUCCCACACACGCUUUAUAGUCUGCAUUUCUUAUUCCUUUGUACCUCAGUGUGAACCUGCUAUGGAAACCUGCCCAGAGUGUAGGUUACAAAUACUGUUUUUGUCUGGUGUCUUCUGUUUUAAAGCAUUUUUUUAAUUAUACAAUUCUCACUUCAGAAAAUUAGUACACUAUUUUUCUAAAGUUUAUUGGUAAGUUGUGAAAAUAAUAGAUUUAUUGCAUACAUAGUUAGCUGUAAUGCUACUUAAUGUUACAAAAAGAAUAGCUGCUUAUAUUUUUUACCCUUUAAAAUAGAUAUUUGACCAUACAUGUUUAGUUUUGCUUAAAUCAAGGAUCAAUGAUUAUAUUUUUAAUAGUUGAGUUUCUUUUACAUGUGUGUUUAGAGUCUCAUCGCUGACUUUCUACAUUAUGUAACACAAAAAUGUCAAUACAGGAACAUUGUAAAAAUUUCCAUGUUGCAUAUAGAGUUAACAUGCAAUGAAACUCAAUAAAAUGUCCUCAGUGGAAGACUAA